AUGGAUGACUCCUUAAGACCCAAAGACUUUCGAGAGCUAGUUCAGAGAGUGACAACGAGGUGUCGAGAUACGUGCAGCCAGCAUGCGGCGGAGCUUUUGGGCGAGCAAGAUAAGUCUUCGAAUGUUAUACCUAAGGCAGCGCAGAUCGAGCUGAAGCAGCUCUCGUCACGCCUAACUUCUGCCAUAGACUCCGUCGCUUCUGCUACGAAAGAUCAAGGUCUACAGGAAACAGCUUUUUCGGGCCCCGACGACAACCAGCUUUUAGCGUUAUCCAAGGCGCAGGCGGAGGCUCUUGAGUCAGAAAUAAAGGAGCUGGCUGUAUUAGUAAAGCAGCGACGGACGAAGUGCCCGUUGCGACUCGACACGCGGGCCAUGCUCGAGUCGCCGCUCUCCGCGGUGUCAGCUGCAUCGGCUGCUGUUCCCGGACUUCCCGCGGAAACCGGGAUGUUCCGAUCCGCGCUACACGUGUCCGCACGGCAGCUCCGGACCGCGAUUGGUGGAGCUGCUCGGCUUUCAAGCAGCCACGUCGGCAGGCUCCCGCUUCCAGCCUCCGUCGUUCCCUUAUCCGCCACCCGCCUCCCCCUGCACCCGCUUCCGCUCCUCUCCCGCGCCUCCCCUUCCGCUCUAUCCGCCUCCGCUCGCCGUUUCCCCUCCCGCUUGUCCCCGCCGUACGGGGCAGGUCGGGCGCGGAGCGUCGCCGCGGCCUCCACAGCCGCGGAUGGGUCCGACGCCGCGCCUGCAGUAGCUGUUGCUGCGGGCGAGGCGGAGCGCGUUAGCGGCGCUGGCGCCGCUGACGGUUCUGUGCCUGCAGAGGGAGGUGCUAAGGCGAAGGGGGGGAAGAAGGGCGCGCGGAAGGGGGGAAAUGGCGCAACGUCUGGCGCAACUGCUGGUUCUGGAGGGGAGAGCGCGGGGGAGGAUGACGUGGAGGUGGAGCUGCCACGUGAGCCGCUUCCGACCAAUGAGAGCUCGGAGAAGCUGCUGCGGAUCAGACACACGUCCGCGCACGUGAUGGCGAUGGCGGUGCAGCGGUUGUUCCCCAAGGCGCAGGUGACAAUCGGGCCGUGGAUUCAGAACGGCUUCUACUACGACUUUGACCUCGACCAGCCGCUCACAGACAAGGAUCUCAAGAAGAUCAAGAAGGAGAUGGACAAGAUCAUCUUCAAGAACCUGCCUCUGCGCCGCGAGGAGGUGUCACGGGAGGAGGCAGCGCGGCGCAUCAAGGAGAUCAACGAGCCGUACAAGCUGGAGCUGCUGGACAGCAUCAAGACGGAGCCCAUCACCAUCUACCACAUUGGUGACGAGUGGUGGGAUCUGUGCGCCGGGCCUCAUGUGGAGAGCACAGGGAAACUGCCCCGCAGGGCGAUCGAGCUGCAGUCAGUGGCAGGGGCGUACUGGCGGGGGGAUGAGACGAGGGCCAUGCUGCAGCGCAUCUACGGCACGGCGUGGGAGAGCGAGGCGCAGCUGCUGCAGUACCGGCAGCAGGUGGAGGAGGCCAAGCGGAGGGACCACCGCCGGUUGGGGAAAGAACUCGGGCUGUUCUCCAUCCAGGAGGACGCAGGGGGCGGACUGGUGUUCUGGCACCCUCGGGGGGCGAGAGUGAGAGCCAUGAUAGAGGAGCACUGGAGAAAGGAGCACCUGCGGCAGGGGUAUGAGCUGCUGUACACGCCGCACAUGGCCAAGCUGGACCUCUGGAAGACCAGCGGGCACUACGAGUUCUACCGGGAGAACAUGUUUGACCAGAUGGAGGUGGAGGAGGAGCAUUAUCAGAUCCGCCCCAUGAACUGCCCCUUCCACAUCAUGCUCUACAACGACUCGCUGCACUCCUACCGCGAUCUCCCCAUCAGGUGGGCCGAGUUGGGCACAGUGUACCGCUAUGAGCGUUCGGGUACAAUGCAUGGGCUCUUCCGCGUACGCGGAUUCACCCAGGAUGACGCGCACAUCUUCUGUCUGCCCUCUCAGAUCAGGGACGAGAUCCGAGGGGUAUUGGACCUCACAGAGGCGAUGCUGACGGACUUUGGCUUCCAGCAGCUGGAGAUCAACCUCUCCACACGCCCGGAGAAAUCUGUUGGAGAUGACGCCAUUUGGGAGCAGGCUACUCAGGCGCUGAGGGAGGCGCUGCAAGACAAGGGGUGGGAUUACACCGUGGACGAGGGUGGGGGAGCGUUUUACGGGCCCAAGAUAGAUGUGAAGAUCAUGGAUGCCAUUGGGCGCAAGUGGCAGUGCUCCACCAUCCAGGUGGACUUCAAUCUGCCGCACCGCUUCAACAUGGUUUAUGCGGAUGCGGACGGCACUCGCCGCCCGCCCAUCAUGAUCCACCGCGCCAUCUUUGGGUCCCUGGAGCGGUUCUUUGGCAUUCUCAUUGAGAACUAUGCGGGCGACUUCCCCCUCUGGUUUGCGCCCACUCAGCUGCGCCUGCUGCCAGUCACAGACUCCGAGGUGCCCUUCUGCAAGGAAGUGGUGGCCACCUUAUUGGAGCGGGGCAUUCGUGCUGAGGUGGCGAGCGGUGAGAGGCUGGGCAAGCUGAUUCGCAAUGCGGAGACACAGAAGAUUCCGGUGAUGGCUGUGGUUGGCCCCAGGGAGGUGGAGUCUCGGAGUCUCAAUGUGCGUACGAGGAAGGGCGCCGAGCUGGGAGUCCUUUCUGUGGACCAAGUGGCGAGAAAGAUUGAAGAAGCAGUAGCUAAUAAGGUCACGAUGUCACUCGAGACUUAUUGGGAGAACUUCCAGCAGGCGUUUUGGCAGAUCUCACCGUAUGCGUACGCCGCCAUUGGUAUCGCCAUUUCUAUUGGCGUUUCCGUCCUGGGUGCAGCAUGGGGAAUCUUGAUUACAGGAAGUAGUCUAAUAGGCGCUGCCAUUAAAGCUCCUCGGAUCACGUCUAAGAACCUUAUCAGCGUUAUUUUCUGUGAGGCCGUGGCGAUUUACGGCGUUAUUGUUGCGAUCAUUCUGCAAACGAAGCUCGAAUCCGUCGGCAAGGCCAGAUUGCACUCGCCCGAAGCGCUCCGCUCUGGUUACGCUAUAUUCAACUCCGGAAUCAUCGUGGGUCUCGCGAACCUUUUCUGUGGGUUGUGUGUGGGCAUUAUCGGCAGCAGCUGUGCGUUGUCGGACGCGCAGAACUCGACGCUAUUCGUGAAGAUCCUCGUUAUUGAGAUCUUCGGUAGUGCGCUUGGGCUGUUCGGGGUCAUCGUUGGUAUUAUCCUAUCGUCUCAAGCAACAUGGGCUUGA